AUGAGAAAUGAGAAAGAAAGUAAUAAAAGCUAUGUUGUUGUGUUUACUGUAACGUAUCAACUAAAACUUGGUGGUGGACAGACUGGUAGUGCCUCAUGGCAGUGGAACACUUCCGGUGGAAGUGCCGCUGGUAGGAACCAGGGGGUAUCUCUAGAGGCUAACAGAAAAGCUAUAGAAUCUUUGCUUGCACAACUUAAACAGACAGGAGGGAGGAGCGGAAGUCCCUCGUCCUCUUGGCAGUGGAACACUUCCGGCGGAAGUGCUAGUGCCGGGACAGGAUCUGUUGAUGCAAACAGGAAGGCUAUAGAAUCUCUUCUAGCGCAGCUUCAACUGGCAGGAGGACAGGGCGGAAAGUCUUCAUGGCAAUGGACAUCAACUGGUGGCACUGCUGCAGGACAGGAACUGGACAUGGCUAAACUUAAUGCCAUCUUGAAACAGAUGCAGGAAACGGCUACGUCGUCUGGGACCAGUUCCUUUAAUACUUCCGGUACAUUUGUUACGUCCGGUGGGCAGUCUGCGAUAAUUUCAGUUGGUAUGGGAAGUAAUACUGGUGCUGCUGGAGGUAACACAGGUUCAAAGAGAACUGUUCAAGUAAGACAGGAAACACAACAACCAACGCGCACAGAGACAAUCGUUGGUGGGCGUGUUGUAGGCGGGGCUUUCGGAGGGGCGGUGUCUGGUUCGUCUUCAGGAGGCCAACAGACAGGCGGUGUUUUGGUACAAGAGACCUUAAGUCGAGGAGGGAGCGGCGGACAGGGCCGACAGACUGGCGGGGUUUUGGUACAAGAGACCUUAAGUCGAGGUGGGAGCGGCGGACAGGGCCGACAGACUGGCGGGGUUUUGGUACAAGAGACCUCAAGUCGAGGUGGGAGCGGUGGACAGGGCCGACAGACUGGCGGGGUUUUGAUACAAGAGACCUCAAGUCGAGGAGGGAGCGGUGGACAGGGCACGGGACAGUUCGAAACAAGAUUUACAGCUCAGGGAAGUCGUCCUUCAACAUCUGAUUCUGGCACGGUUGUCUCCCUUGUCAAACAAACUGUUCAGGGUGAAGCUAGACAAGGUAUACCCGAUAGAUCGGCUCCGCGUGGAGCGGAAGCACGAGGUGUUAGGAAGCAAGCUGAUGGUCGAAUUGUUGGAAUUAGUGUACCUGCCCAUAGUGAAUUCGUCUCCGGAGCCACAGUAAUUGGUAAAGGUGAAAAGACUGUUAGAGUCACCAACACCCAGCCUCAGAUUCGUAUCAAAGAAAUAGUGCAGGAAGUCAAUCCGAUGAUGUUCGAAGCCACGGGAGGAUUUGCUAGUGGUGGAGCUUCCGGUUCCGGUACCUCGUCUUGGCAAACUUCCGGUUCAAGUCAGUCAGGUGGUACCUUUGGCGCAGCUUCAGGAUCAGCUUCCGGCGCAUCAUCUGGUGGUUCCGGUCAAUUUGUUGGACGUCAGAUUAUUACCGAUGCAACUGGCAUGGCUGGCGGAGAUUUCACACAGAUGGGCAAGGUUGUUGGCUCAGGGGGCGGAGUCAAAAGAGUGAUUGACACCAAUGUGAAGAGAAUGCCAGCAGGGGAGGUACAGUUCAAUGCCGAGGGAGGAGUCAGCUUGGCCUCGCUAGGACUAGGAGGCGCAGAAGGUGCAAACAUAAUCAGACAAACGAUGAGAAUUGAACCGGCCGGUAAUGGGCAGUUCACAGGAGAAGGUGGGCAGUUCCAAGGUAGUCUAAGUGGUUCCUCAAGUGGUUCCUCAGGUGGCGGUUCUCAGGGAUUCAUAUCCGCAAACACUCUGAACCAAGGUUUGGGAGGAGCUGGUCAAGGUGGAUCGUUCUCAGCCAGUAGAUCUUUCAGUGGAUCUUCAGGAAGCGGAGGUGCAGGAAUCAUGGAUAUGAAUGCACUUAAUCGUGGAGGUCAAGGGUCAAUAACGUCACAAAGGUCAAUGAGCGCUCAGGGUAAUUCAAACCUUUUCCCGUUGCUCCCACUGAUUGGUGACAGUGCAGAGAAUUUUAUAGAAGGAUUAGGAGGCAAACGCAAGCGAAGGUCUACACGAAAAUCUCGUGCAAAGAGAGCUGCAAAUAAACAGAACUACCAGGCAUUAGUGACCAACUGUCAAGGCCAGGACGGUCAAGGACCAUCUAUAAUGGUGGUUGCUAAUAAGGGAGAUGUGCAGUUUGCACUGAAGACAUACAACCAUGAUCCCGCUGUUUUAUCCGUACCGGCUGUUGAAGGUUGGAACGACGUCACGUUGAUAUAUGACGGACGAGCAUUGACGGGUGUUGUAGAAAACUGGAAGGGACUGCACAAAGCUUCCGUCAACUUACAAGAUACACAGCGAUCAACAACAGUGAUCUUUGACAUUGAAGGAGGGGGCAGCAGUAAACUAAAUAUAAUGCCAAAAUGGACGCUGGUGAUGGAGGAUAUUGGAAAUCCAACGACUUACUUAUUGCGAUACAGCAAUGUUAAACCCCAUGCCCUGGCCUUCUGA